AUGGCAGUGAUCACUGUCUACACAUUAUGCCGAGCUGCUUCCCUCUACUCAGUCCCACGCGACCGCUCGCCCCUCGCCCCCCGGCGCCCCCUGCCAGGCGGGCAAAGGAUACAGUCCCGGCUCCAGAAUGCCGCGGCGUCCGGGCGGGAGGGGCCCGCCACGUCCGCCCUCUUGGAACAACCGCAGCCGGGGCCGCCACGCCCCGGCCUCCAGGCUCAGUCCCCAUUGGCCGCCCGGCGCAGAGACCCGCCCCCGCUUGCGCGGCCGGGCCCGGCGCGGAGAGAGGGUCCGGGCAGAGUGGAGGCUUCGGGCCCCAGGUGCGGUGUGCGGCUCCGGCAGGGGCCGCGGGAACGAGCGCCCCGCGGAACUGCUGCUGCCGGACCAGCCCGGGCCGCCCAUCUGCGUCCCGCCGAGCUCUCAGGCGCCGAGAACUACAGCUCCCGGCAUGCUGGGAACUGGACGGCCGAGGCGCUGAGGCGGGGUCCAGCCGUCCCGCUGACCCUCGCCGCUCUGUCGGCCGCGCGCGGAGCUGGGACGCGAGCCAUGGAGGAGGCGCCGCCCCCGCUGCUGGGCGGCAAUAAGCCGCUGCUGGAGAAGCUGACCCUGGGCAUCACCCGCAUCCUAGAAUCUUCCCCAGGUGUAACAGAGGUGACCAUCAUAGAAAAGGCACCUGCUGCAC